AUGGCGACUCUGGCGGAGAAGCUCGAGAAGAUCAAGUCUCCUAAGCUGCAGAACCAGCACCAUACUGCUGUGGUGCUUUCUGCAGUGGAAGAUACCCUUCGUGACCAAAAGGCCGACUUUUCCUCAACAGCCUAUUUCGCUGCACUCCUUGCGCUCCUCUCCCAGUCGCUGUCCGCCGAGCAAGGCAUCGUCAACAAGGAUCUGGCGACGUCCGUCAUCUACCUUCUGGACAUCACCACCACCUUCGUGCCUGCACCGAUUCUUCGCUCGAAAUUUUCUCAGAUUCUUACUAGUCUCGCGCCCGCACUUUCCCUCCCCGAAGUUGACGCCCCGCUCCUGCGUCCGUCAAUUGGUUGCCUCGAGUCACUCCUCAUCGCUCAAGAUGCCGCUGCGUGGAACUUGCCUCACACUCAGGUUGGGCCCCGCCGCGCGACGGCGGGCCUACUGAGCCUUUCGGUCGACCACCGGCCUAAGGUGCGGAAGCGCGCCCAGGAAGCACUUAUCAAGGUUUUGAAGGCACCCCCCGAGUCCGUCGCUGGACCACCCGGCUGCGGAUAUAAGAAGGGUCGGCAAGAUGCCCACCGUGACAACCACGAGCCGCUCAUUAUUCACUCUUUGCAACUCGUCAAGACUAUUGCGUCCGCAUCGGGCGGCUGGCCGAGUAAGAAGAUCGAGGCACUGUGCGAACUGUUGAUGAAUGCAUCCCGCUCCAGCAACGAGUACAUAACCAUGGGCGCUUUCGAGGUCUUUGAGGUGAUCUUUGAAGGCAUGGCAGACGAGUUCUCAUCUGCCAAGCUCCCCCGUCUGUUGGAUGCUAUCUCCGAGCUCAAACCUGCACAGAACGACUCGCAGCUGCUUCCUCCCUGGAUCGCUGUCCUGUCUCGUGGAUAUGAUGUUUCUGCCCAGAUCAACCCUGAAGAUACUUUUGAAAAGCUCCCCAGUCUUUUCCAGCUCAUUUCGGGAUUUUUGGCUUCACCCUCGCACAACAUCCGCGUUUCCGCUUCCGAGUGCUUGAUCUCGUUUCUGCACAACUGUAUCCCUAACAGUGUCAUCGUGGAUGCCUCCGUUUAUGAUGAGAAGACCCUGGAGAAGCUUGCCCGGUCAGCCGCCGAGCUGCUUUCUGUGAAGUACCAGGCUGCUUGGCAGGAGGUGUUCAAUGUUUGCUCCGCCAUGUUCGACUGCUUUAAGUGGCGAUCUAGCCCCAUCCUCGUUGAUAUUGUGACGACUAUUGGCGAGCUGCGCAGUAACGAGUCCUUCCAUGGCAAGAAGGAGGCCGAUAGUGUUCUUGGCAGUGCCAUUGAAGCUAUGGGCCCUGAGGCUGUCCUCGAGCUUUUGCCGCUCAACAUCAUCCAACAGAAGAACGGCCAGCCCGGUCGUGUCUGGAUGCUGCCUAUUCUUCGUGAUAGCGUUACAAAUACCAAUCUGGGCCACUUCCGCUCGGAGCUGGUGCCUCUGAGUGAGGCACUCUACCAGAAGAUGAUGGAUUUCAAGUCUGCCGAGAAGCCAGUGGAGACGAAGAUCUUUGAAACUCUGGUUCAGCAGACUUGGGGCAUCCUUCCGGGUUACUGUGAGCUGCCUCUUGAUCUUACCGAGGCUUUCGAUCAAACCUUUGCAGAGCUUCUGUCCAAUGUUCUUUACAAGCAGACAGAGCUGCGUGUCGAGGUUUGCCGGGCUCUCCAGAACCUGGUUGAGUCGAACCAGGCGAUCCUGACUGUUGAGAGCGAUGAGGAUGACUUGAUCUUGCAGCGUCGCAUCACGAAGUCCGCUGCCAAGAAGAACAUCGCCCACCUGGCUAGCUUUGCCAGCAACUUGCUGGCGGUCCUGUUCAACGUCUACAGUCAGACUCUUCCCCACCACCGUGGCUACAUCCUGCAGUGUAUUAAUGCCUACCUGAGCAUCACCCCCGAGGAAGAACUCAAUGAGACUUUCACUCGGGUUACGACGAUGCUCGAGUCUUCAUUAGUUGAGGAACAAAAUGCGCCCGCUAAGCAGGGCUUGUCUGACAAGAUGCCGCCAACUUCUCACACCCUGAUUGACCUGGUCAUUGCCAUGUCCAUCUACUUGCCGCGCUCUAGCUUCAGUGGACUCUUCGCUAUGGCUGCGACCAUCCUCAACGGCUCUUCGCCCAACCCGGACCAGCAGCUCAUCAAGAAGGCCUACAAACUGAUUCCUCGCCUUGCCUCCACCGAGACCGGCCGCGCCGCUUUGGAGGAGCGCAGUGGUGAGUUGCAGACUCUUAUGCUGGCCACGUCCGACACAACCCCCGCAUCGGGUCGUCGAGACCGUAUGCUCGCUAUCGACGAGCUAGUCACAAACUUGCCCACAUCAGACCUGCAUUUUAUUCCUUCUAUCUUGUCAGAGGUGGUCCUCGGCUGUAAGGAGAGCAAUGAGAAGGCCCGUACCGCUGCUUUCGAUCUGUUGAUCCAUCUUGCUCGCCGCACCAUCGACUCCGAGCGUAACCCGCCUGGCACUGUGAUCCGCAACUCGCUUGUGCCUCACAUGCCGGACGACUCGCCCGAUGCCCCGGCCACCAUCGAGGAAUUCUUCACCAUGGUGUCUGCCGGUCUGGCUGGCUCAUCGCCCCACAUGGUCGCUGCGUCCGUCACAGCUUUGUCGCGUCUCUUCUUCGAGUUCUACAAGGACCUGCGCCCUGAGGUCCUUUCGGAUCUUGUCCAGACCGUUGAGCUUUUCCUUACCAGCAACAAUCGCGAGAUUGUCCGAUCCGUCCUCGGUUUCGUCAAGGUUGCUGUUGUCAUUCUCCCCGACGAGACUCUGCGUCCGCGCCUGUCUACCCUUGUCCCCAAUCUUAUGGCUUGGAACAAGGAGCACAAGGGCCGUCUGCGUAGCAAGGUGAAGGGUAUCAUUGACCGCUUAGUGCGUCGCAUCGGUGCUCCUCUGAUGGAGGCCCUUGUCGGUGAGGAGGAUCGCAAGCUUGUCGUGAACAUUCGGAAGCAGCGUGAGCGCAACAAGCGUAAGAAGAAGGAGGGUGCUGCUGAUGAUGACGAGGAGGAAGACGACGACAAGGCACCCGGCCAACAGCAGUCCGGCAACGCCUUUGACAAGGCCGUGUACGGCUCCGACUUCUCCGACUCUGAUGAGGACUUUGACGAUGAUGCUAGCGAGAUUGACGUCGACAACGACGGGCAGGCUCGCAUCAAGGGUCGUGGCCCUGGUGGCAAGAAGAAGUCUGCACAGAGCAGCCAGUACAUCCGCGAGAUGUCUCCCGAGGAUAACCCGCUGGAUCUGCUCGCACCCGAUGCCCUGGCCAACAUCUCCACCACCAAACCCAGCCUGCGCUUCCUGAACACCGGCCCCGGCUCCAAGAAGAGGCGUUCGGCCAAGUUUGACGCCGACGGCCGCCUUAUCCUCGGCGAUAACGAUGCUGCCGAUGUUGAGAUGAGCGGCGCCGCCCAGGGCGGUAGCGGCAUCAACGCCUACCUCGCUGCGGUCAGCGGCCCUGAUGCUGUCCGUCGCGGCCAGAAAGGCAAGGUCAAGAUGGGCCAGGCUAAGAGAGGUGGCGGUGAUGCUAUGGACCUGGAUGAUGAGGAUGAUGCAGCUGCUAUUGGUGAGGAUCUUCGGUCCAAGGGCCAAGGUCAGGGUCGUCGCGGCCUGGGCGCCCCUAAGACGCCCGGUGCUCCCGGUGCUGGUCGCAUCGAGAAGCGCCGCAGUCCCGGCGGGAUGACUGUUCUUGCGGUUGUCGAAAUCCAACUGUCUCUCUUUGACUCUGUCACCACCGUGCCUCGUCUCUGGUCACUCUCAUCCCCAUGUUUAAUUGUUGACGUUAUUCCUCAUAAUACCCCCCCCUCGUUGGCGAUUCCGUUUGGGGGUCGGCUCGGAGUCACAUUCAGCCCUGGCUGA